CUGGGCCAAACACAAACCCGAACUGGCCCAAUGUCCCAAAUCGAUCUAUCGUUAGAUCAAGAACUGUUAUUAACAGAAAUUCAACACAAAUUAUUGAUUUUUUUUUCUUCAGAUUUUGAUACAAUUCAAUCUCAAAUAUCGAUAUCUAAAGAUUGCAUUUGCACUGUGAGAUCAGGGACGAAAAUGGGGUUUUUGGUGACAACGCUAAUUUUUGUGGUAGUGGGUGUUAUUGCGUCUCUAUGUGCCAGAAUUUGCUGCAAUAGAGGGCCUUCUACUAAUCUGUUACACUUGACAUUGAUCAUCACGGCCACAGUAUGCUGUUGGAUGAUGUGGGCAAUCGUGUACCUUGCGCAGCUGAAACCACUCAUCGUUCCAGUCUUGAGUGAAGGAGAGUAAAAAACGCUCUCCGAAGCUCUCGUCGUGUAUUUUUUUGUGGAUUAUUUGAGUGAAGGGAAAUACUUGAAGUCACACUUGUAUCACUAUUUAUGUGCUUGACAUUGAUUUCAUAUUUUUUUGUAUAAUGUUCACAACUUAUUUACUAGUUUCACCUCAUUUAGGGUGUCUUCUUUAUAAGCUUGGACUACACUAAGUACCUUAUUGAAGAAAAACAAUAAGCACACGACAUUUGUCGAUGAGAGUUCAUAUAGCCAACCUUAUCUCGUUUGAGAUUGAGGCGUAACUAUUGUUGUAUUUGUUUAAACUCUUGGUCAUGAACAUAUUAUUUUUUACUUUUCGUAAUUU